AUGUCCGGCGAGCGCGACGCCACCGCCAUCGCGAUCUCCUCGCACGCGUCGAUCCUGCGGGACUGCGCCAGCACCCGAGAUCUGACCGCCGCCAAGCAAGCGCAGUGGGAGAUUGCCAGGGAUGGAUUCGGGGGCGACAGGUACCUCGGCAAUCUUCUCGUCCAGGCCUACGGCAAAUGCGGCAGCGUCCGCGACGCCAGAGAGGUUUUCGAUCGCAUCCAGCGCCGAAAUAUCUUCUCCUGGACGAUCAUGCUCGGCGCCUACGCCGACAAUGGCCACGGCCGCGAGGCCCUGGGCCUGUUUCGCGAGAUCCAGUCGCGCGGCAUGGCGAUCGACAAUGUGACGCUCGUCAGUGCUCUCAAGGCGUGCGCCGUGGCCGGGGAUCUGGAAGAGGGCCGCGGCAUCCAUGCCAGUGCGCGGUCUCUAGGGUAUGAAUCCGAGAUCAUCGUGGCCACCGCGCUGGUGAGCAUGUAUGGGAAGUGUGGGCAUUUGGAGGAGGCCAAGGCGGUGUUUGCGACGCUGGUGGAGAGGAAUCGCGUGUCCUGGAACGCGAUGCUAGCAGCGUAUGCCCAGAACGGGCAUUGCGAGGAGGCUGUGAGGCUCUAUCGUCUUAUGUGCUUCGAGGGGAUCAAGCCCGAUGCUACCACCUUCGUCAGUGUUCUCGAUGGCUGGAAGGGCGAAGGAGAACACGGGAGGAGAAUCCACGACCAGGUUGUGGAGAGUGGAUUUGGAUCCAACACGACGCUUGCCAAUGCUCUGGUUAGCAUGUAUGGAAGCGGUGGAAGGGUGGACGACGCAAGGUACGUCUUUGAUGGUAUAGCUGAGAAAACAGUGGUUUCCUGGAAUGCCAUGCUAACCGCGUAUGCACAGAACGGGCGCUAUGGCGAGGCCGUGGAUUUGUUCUGGAAGAUGGACGUUGCUCCAGACACUGUGAGCUUCGUCAAUGUUCUUGGAGCUUGCAUGGACAUCGAAGAAGGAAGAUUGGUCCACGAGCAUAUCAAAGCCAGUGGAUUUCCGGUAGGCGUUCUCGUAUCGACUAGCCUGGUUAACAUGUAUGGGAGGUUCUUGAGGCUGGAGGAGGCCAAGCAGUGUUUCGAGCAAGCUCGGGAGAGAGACAGAGUCUGCUGGAACUCCAUGGUUGGAGCUUACGCACAGAACGGGUGUGGUUUGGAAGCGUUGCAUCUCUACCAGGAAAUGAGGCGAGCUCUGGUGGAACCGAACAGCGUCACUUUUGUGAAUCUUCUUGUAGCCUGUGCUGCUACGGGGUUUUUAGAAGCGGGCAGGAAGAUCCAUGCCGAGGUUGCGAGCUUGGGGCUUCUAUCGACUCUCUCAGUGGGAGGAGCUCUUAUCAACAUGUACAGCGAGUGCGGUGACUUGGAUGGAGCAGUACAGGUUUUUAAGGAGAUGCGUCAACUCGGAGUGAUGCCUUGGGAUGCCUUGAUCGCGGCAUUCGCUCACAACAAGUUCGUCAGAGAAGCUAUCUAUCUCUUCAGCAGAAUGAGCCUCGAAGGUCAGAAGCCCAACGAGCUAACGAUCGUCAGCAUCCUUGAUGCAUGCUCCAGCGGCGGUGCUGUAAAACAAGGAUCGGCAUUCCAUAGAUGCAUUGGCGUCAGCAGCUCCGGCUUGGACGUUUCUAAUUCUCUUGUCAACAUGUAUGGGGAUGGAGAUGGGAAGGAGGCCUUGGGAGUCCACCAAAAGAUGGAACUGGAGGGACUGAAACCGGACAAGUUUACAUUCAUUUCGGUUCUCCAUGCUUGCUCUGCGAGUGAGGCCUUGGCUGAAGGUAAGGCGAUUCAUGCUCUCAUUGCAGCGUCGGGAUUUGAUUCCAGCUGCUUCGUUGCCACGACACUAAUAAAAAUGUAUGGCUGCUGCAGGUGCAUGGAAGAAGCAAAAGCUGUUUUUGAUAGAGUCGCUUCCAAGGACAUUGUUUUAUGGACUGCUUUGCUCACGGCGUACUCUCGAAACGAGGAUGCCAAAGGGGCGCUUCUUGUCUAUCGGAACAUGGACUUGGAGGGAAUGGAGAAGAACCGGUUCACAUUUUCCUCCAUCGUCAGCGUCUGUGCAGAUGCAGAAGCGCUUGCUGAAGGUCAGAAAGUUCAUUUGCACACCGUUUCUGUGGGGUAUGACAAGGAUGUCAUUGUAGGCACUACUCUGGUGGAUUUUUACUCCAAAUGCCACGACGUGGAUACUGCAAGAAGCGUCUUUGAUGGCAUCGAAGGCAAGGACAUCGUAACUUGGAACGUUAUGAUCACUGGAUUUGUUAGAAACGGCCACGGACGAGAAGCAGUCCGGCUUUACCAAAAGAUGGACCUUCCACCCGACAGCUUGACGAUGGUAGGCGUUCUUGCGGCAUGCUCCGGCCUGGGAGCUCUCGAAACAGGAGAAGUUUUGCUCGAGAGAAGCGGCUUGGAAAGAGACGAGGCUAUCGGCACGGCACUGAUAAACUUAUACGGCAAGUGUGGGAGUCUGGAGCAGGCACGGAACGUCUUCCUCGACAUGAAAUCCAGGAGGAACCUUGUCACUUGGAACUCCAUGCUGGCCGCGGCUUGCACGAAGGGUGGCUUGGAAGAUUGUGUGGAGAUCAUCCACAUGAUGGGCUUGGAGGGGAUCAUGCCGGACGAGUUAACGUUUCUCAGCGUCCUCUUCGCGUGCAGUCACGGUGGGUCGAUCCAACAGGGCCUGGAUUUGUUUCUCUCGGCUGGGGUUGAUUAUGGGAUUGCGACGAACACCAAGCACUACGUGUGCGUAGUAGACAUCCUGGGACGAGUAGGCAGGCUGGAGGAGGCACAGGAGGUACUAAACAGGAUGCCCUUCCAAGCCAACGACGUUGCAUGGAUGACUUUGCUGGGAGCUUGCCGGAUACAUCGUGAUUUUGAGCAGGGGAGGCGUGCUGCCGAUUAUGUUAUCGAGCUGGACCCGCAAAACGCUGCUCCGUAUGCUUUGCUCUCCACCAUGUUCUCGGCGGCAGGCAGGGGUCGAAUGCCAGCAAAAGGAUGAAAGCUAGGUCAUCGGUAGGUUCUCGUUUUCGUUAGUGAGAUUUUCCGCUGAGAUUAAUGCCAUCACUCCCAAAAAGAUGGUUCUUCUCUUUCAUCAACUCCAAGCUGUGGGAUCCAUUGAUGUUAACUUCAUUGAUUGCUAAGUAGUAACCAGUACUAGUUCUAGCAUCUUCUAGUUUGGAUCUGCCUAAGGCUGCCUAUUAUUUUCUUUGUUUUGUAUAGUGAGCCCAAGCAUUUGAGAAUGUAAACAAGCUUUGUACCAA